GCUUCGCGCUGUUGCUAAAUCAGUAUGCUGUAGUAUACCUACGCAGCGUGACCAAAGAUCUAGGCAGGACACAUUUUACGUUUGCUACUCGUUGUUAARAAUAAUACAGCAAGAUACUGAAGUGUGCUAUUAUUGCGUUCUUGACUUAGGCAAGAAUCCCAGCAAGGAAUAUCGCUAUAGAGUCCAAAAUCCUCUACGCCGUUCUAAGAAGGAAGGUCGACAGCUUGUUCCAGUCGACGACAACAACAUGGAGAUCGAGUUCCAAUCCAGUGGGUCUUUGAAGCGAAAACUUUUCAAAUGGAGAAGAUAUCUUAUUCUUAUCUUUACACCGCUUGUCUUCUUACCUCUGCCUUUGGUUAUAUCAACUUCGGAGUCGAAAUGUGCGUACGCUAUAUUUGUCAUGGCCAUCUACUGGGUGACGGAAGUGGUGCCACUUGCCGUUACAGCCCUCUUACCCCUCGUGUUGUUCCCCCUACUGGGUGUGGUCGCUUCCAAGAAGAUCAGUCCACCGUAUUUUCAAGAUACUAACGUGUUGUUUAUGGGAGGUUUGAUCGUUGCUGUGGCCAUUGAACAUUGGAUGCUUCACAAACGAAUCGCUUUGUAUGUUUUAUUGUUGGUUGGGACACAACCUCGAAGGCUUAUGCUAGGUUUUAUGGUAGUAACAGCUUUCUUGUCCAUGUGGAUAAGUAACACCGCCACCACAGCUAUGAUGGUACCAAUAGCAGAAGCUGUGCUCUCUGAACUAAAGAUAGAAGAACUCAAAAAMGAAAGGAUGAACGCUAAAGAAAACGAAAGCAACCAGAACGUAGUCAACGAGGCGAACCCUGGAUAUGACGAAAACAGUGAAGGGUUUGGAGUUCGAAUCGAGAUGAAGGACAGAGAAAAUGGUGAAGAGAUUGUACCGGUUGAAGAAAAGAAAGUGCCAUCGGAUAUCAUGUAUAAACCAGGAGAAAGGACUUCGAGUGUGGAGCUUUUAGAGAUGGACGAGACUGAGAAGAGAAUCGCGGACACUUUCACAAGAUUGAGUAAGAUGUUGUUGUUGAGUAUUGCUUACGCGGCGAAUAUUGGAGGAACAGCUACACUCACCGGCACCGCCCCUAAUCUGGUACUUAGUGGACAGGUAACAAAACUCUUCCCUGACAGCCCAGGAAUAGGCUUUGCCUCGUGGUUCAUGUUUGCUUUCCCGGAGAUGGUCAUUCUUCUGCUGAUUGCCUGGGUAUGGCUGCAGCUCCUCUUCCUUGGAUUAAGGUGCUCUUGUUGUAGAAAGACCCGAAAUCCAGAUCAAGGGAAAUCAGCGAAAGCUGUAUUAAUGAAACAGUACGAAGAACUAGGUCCAAUGAGUUUUGCUGAGAAAGCUGUUCUUGUUCAUUUUAUCCUCUUGGCUCUGCUUUGGCUGUUUCGCGAUCCUAAGUUCAUGUCUGGAUGGUCUAUCAUCUUCAAGGAUAAAUUUGUCAGUGAUGGAACAGUAGCCAUGAUUAUUGCUUUCUCUCUCUUCAUCUUUCCUUCUGAAAAACCYAAGAUCUUCUGCUGGAAUCCUGACGGGGAGGUUACCAAGCCACCACCGGCAUUGCUGACCUGGAAGACUGCGUCGAGGAAGUUACCCUGGAAUAUACUUAUCUUGCUGGGGAGUGGCUUUGCUCUUGCCGAGGCUUGUAAGGUUUCAGGCCUUUCCUUAUGGCUUGGGCAACAGUUGGUUGGUCUUAAACACGUUCCCAGCUGGGGUAUAGUGACCAUCGUGUGUGUCCUGAUCACCACGUUUACCGAGGUCACAUCGAAUACCGCUACAGCAACCAUUUUCCUGCCAAUACUUGCUUCCUUGGGCGAGAGYAUUCAAGUCAACCCGUGGUAUCUUAUGAUCCCGGCUACUGUUGCUUGUUCCUUUGCCUUCAUGCUUCCCGUGGCUACCCCCCCUAAUGCCAUAGUGUUCGCAGGGGGAGAACUCAAAGUAUCCGACAUGGCCAAGGCUGGUUUAGGGAUGAAUCUCAUGUGCUGUGCAGUCCUCGUCCUUUGUAUCAACACGUUUGGUUCAGCCAUGUUUGACUUGCAAGAGUAUCCAUCUUGGGCCGCACAGAUUACUAACACCGCCAAUAACUACACUCUUGUCUGUAAAAACGUUACUAUUUCAUGAUGCAUUUGAUCUAGAUUUGUACUUGGACCGGAAAAACAAGGUUGUAAUGUUUUAUGAUGUGAUAUAMAUACUUUUUACUUGGAUACCUGUGGUAGCUCUCAGAUAAGAAAUUAAAAAAGAAAAAUCAAGAGUUUAGGAUCGAAAUUUUGGUUCCACACAAAAUCGAGGCUAAACUCGCGAAUAUGAAUCUGCAGUCAAGGAACACAGCGGUACUUUACCAAUUCUCCAGUUUCGAGUUCUCUGUUGCUCAGGGUUAGCGUUGAUUUUAAAAUAUUCAUGUGUUGCAGURAAGGUCCGUGGAAUUUCAAAGUGUUUUUAUUGUUCWAGAAUUGCAUUCCUUAUUUUA